UGCUCUAAAAGGUCAGUCACAUUUUCGGGCCAGACGUGAUACCUGAUUACUUGACGCACAGAUUUCCUCUGCCUCAGAGUAAAGAAUUUAUGCCAGGGAAACCUACAAAAAAAUUGUGGUUACAAACCACUGUGAAUGAAUAAUAUAUGAUAUAAUAUUGGACCAGUAUUGACUGGUAUUGUUUCAGUGUUGGACCAGUACUGCCAAUGUCCAACCACUAUUGGGCCAAGAUAUUGGCAAUACCGGUGGAAUACUAAGCCAAUGUUUGACUGUCGAUGUCCUGCCAGACGUUUGACCAGUAUUGUUUAAGUGUUGCACCAGUAUUGCCGAUGUCCAACCACUAUUGUGCCAAGAUACCGGCAAUGCCAGUUGAAUACUAGACCCAUAUUUGACCAGUAUUGUUGAUGUCCUGCCACUAUUGUGUCAAGAUAUCAGCAAUGCCAGUUGAAUAUUAGACCAAUAUUUGACCAGUAUUGUUCUUGUGCUGGACCAGUAUUGUUUAAAUACGACCACGCAAUACGACCACGAUAAUACGACCACACAAACUUUCGCCUCCAUCCAUUAGGUAUCGCGCAGAGGAAAUACACGAAGACGAAAGCUUGCGUGGCCGUAUCUAUUUUGUUACGCGGUGGCUGGUAUCCACGAACUUUUUUUUUUUUACAUUUCUCUGGCAUAAAUUAUUCACUGUGUGGCAGCAGAAGUCUGUCUGUCGAUUACGUAUAGCGUCACACGCGAAAGUGUGACUGACCUCUUAUAGCACCCACACUGUAGUGGCACACUCUCUUCAAGAGAAUGUCCGCCUGGCCGUAGAAGUCGACUUUUUUUAAUAAAAAUUCCGUAAAGGCAAAAAAAAAAAAAACACCCUGUAUACUAGUUCCACGGUGGUUAUAGCAUGGACUUUUGAGGUUGUAUUUUGUUGUAACAGAAGAAGCAGCACCUCCAGACGGACAGGACUAAAUACUUUAUGUGAUGUACCUUUUGUGUGCAAACAAUGUGAGAGGACACCCAAACUUUGUAUUUUACAUCACGCUGCAAUCAGUGCAGACAUUUAUUAGUCAUAUUUCUCGUUAAUUGUUCACAAAGUGUAUUUUCACCGGGGGUUGCACACUAAUUUGCAGUGGGGUGGUUAAGAAUAUAUAUUAUUUGUCUAUGUCGUCACAAUAGACACUUGCGUAAGAGAGAGACAUUACAGAGUGGUGUAACAAAGUGGUUUCCAAACUGUUUUACAACUAAUAAAGAUAAAGCGAGUAGAGCGUGUUGGUUGUAACUUAACACGGUGGAAGAACGCAGGAGACAGACACGGACAAACGCCUUCUCCAUGUGUUUUGUCCGUGUCUGUCCUCCGUGUUCCCCUACCGUGUUAUGUUUUAUAACCCUUAAACUUCACAACAGACGCAGUGUUGAUCACAUUUUAUGCAGAUACUAAAAAAUUCAGUUUAAAAAUCUGAUCCCCUCUUGUGAAGGGCUUCAUGUUACAAGAAUGGCAGUUACUCAUGCCAGGCACAUUCCAGCAUUAAAUCAUCAAAAUAUAUUUAACAUGUUUUUAACCCCUUAAAAAAAAAAAGAAAGAACUUGCAAGAAUUAUUCAUCAUAGCCGCUCAAAACCUCUUGUUAAUGUCAUGUGUGAGGCAUGCUUUUUUUGUUAUCUUCCGCCGAUAUACGUUCCGAUUUUGCCCAAUUUUAUAGCUCCUGAAACACACAGUUAUUUAAAGCAAACAUAAAACCUGGACACACAGCGGUUUAUCCAGAACUCCAAGCAGUGGGGUGUUGCAAAAGAUUGAUUGAUUGAUUGUUGUGGGGUGAUCACUGUCACAGUUAUGUCUUAACGGCUUCACAUAUCUUUACUGACACGUGUCUAAGGCUGGUAUAGCAACAACACCCCCCCGGAGAGGGUGCAUAGGAAAAAAAAUCAACGGGGCAUUGGCAAACAUUUGGAGUGAUGUAUGGGCUUUGAUUUACUGCAGACGUAUUUUUAUUCGCGAUGUAUCAAUUUUCGCGAAUCUCAUUUGGGAAGUAAUUCGCGAGUAUUUAAUUUAAUUUUUAAAUUUAAAAUUGUUAAUUUAUUUUAAAAUUUAAAUUUUAAAUUUAAUUUCGCUAUUCCAGGUCCGUUUCCUUCCGCGGGAUCAAUGUCAAGCUGUGUUCGUUCCGGGGAAGAGCGUACGCCCCUCUUCAAGUGCAUCCAGUGUGCCCUGGUGUUCGUCUCCGAGGAGUUCCUCGUGGAGCACCAGAGGUCCAGGCAGCACUACAGAGCGGGGAAGCGUCGGUGCCGCUUCUGCGAUUACACCAGCGACCACAUGGGCAGCAUCAAGAGGCACGAGGUGACCCACACGGGCGAGAAGCCCUUCGUGUGCCAGGUCUGCUCCAAGGGCUUCACGCGGAAGAUGAGCCUGGAGAAGCACGUGAGCGCCGUCCACGAGGGAAAGAGGAUGUACAGGUGCGCCACCUGCGGGGACACCUUCCAGCAGAAGCACCACCUGCAGGCCCACGAGUCGGUGCACUCCAACGACAGGCCCCACGUCUGCAACGUGUGCGGGGCCAAGUUCAAGCUGAAGCAGUACCUCGGCAAACACGUGCGCCUGCACGCGGGGUGCAGGGGCCUGCAGCACCUCAAGAAGCUGGGGUUCAGGUCGGGGGUUUUCCCGGCGCUCCAGUGACACCUCCGAAAAAAAAAGGAUCUUGUGACACCCCUUCCCCCCAUUGCCAAAGAAAUUACGGGGUGGAUUUAGCGAAGGUUACACAUUUCGAUCGAGCCGUAAAA